CCCCCCCUCCACCCUUUUCUUCCUUUGUUCAGAAACUCUUAUUCUCCUUUGCUGUCAAACCUAUUUUUGUCUUUCUUUCUCUCUUCAGUCCAAAGUACCCUUGGAAAGACCAUGAACAACUACCUUCAUCUCGACGCGACCCAUUUGUUCUUUUUUACGAGCUCCUUCCCAUUGAACUCUACAUCCCGUCUUUUACUUGGUCUUGCGUUCACCAGUGUGAUAUGUAUAGGCGAAAGGAUUGUCACAUCACGCCUGGAAAUAAUUUCCAUGAGCCUUUUUCAACAACAACAACAACAACAACAGCAGCAGCAACAGAAAAGAUUUAAUCAUAGGAGAGGAGCACAAGCAAGGUCAAACUCUGGGUCUCUUUCACCAUCUACGCCAAUAAUAGUAGUAGAUGGCAUUCAUCCUGAAUCCCUUUCAGAAGUAGAGGAUGAAAAUGAAGAUGAAGAGGAAGCAGAUGAAAGAACCCUGGCGCAGAUACAGACUAGGUCUUGGCCUGAAGGUCUUUCUGAAGUUGCACGACCAUCGAGGACAUUGUCUGGAUUUGUAGGCACGCGUCGCCACCAACGAAAUAUUCGAAAGGUUUUGAUACAGAAAACCAUCCUGUAUGGAUUAGCCAAUAUAUUACGACUUGGCUACAUGCUUCUGGCAAUGAGCUUUCAUAUCGCCAUACUGUUAGCUAUUAUCGUUUCCUUAACAUGCACUCAAUUGUAUCUGGACUAUGCAUCUAUUCAAUUGUCUUCGGAAGGAGGAGGGGGCCAGGUUCCUGGAUAUGAGCAAUUGGGUGAUUUCGAAGUAAGGGAUGGGGUGAGAGAUUAUGACUUCAAUGAACAAGAGUUUCCUCUACGUGCCCGUGCCGCUCUUGGACGAUCUCAGGAUUGCAUGUAGAGAAUAUUUUUUGUCUUAGUGCGGUGGCGAAAUCGCUCCAUUGAGUUCCCAUAAUAAAAUAGAAAUAAGAAAG